UCUGAGGGUUUUUACUUUUUUUGCUUUAAUUGGUGUUUCCAGCAGUCAAACGUCAGACUGCUCAUGCAGCACUCUACUGAACCACUUGAACCUGACGGCAUCAAAUGAACUUCUACAAAUCAUGCGACCAGUUAAACACUGGGCCACAACCACACUUGUCCAGGUGGAAAUGAUGGUGUACAGCAUCCUGGAUGUGAAUGAGAAGUCUCAAACUGUCUCCUUGCUCGUGUCCAUCCACAUGAUUUGGGAAAAUGAAUUCCUGAAAUGGAAUUCCUCUCAGUUUUGUGGGAUAGAUGAGCUGACCGUUCCCAGAUCGAUGCUCUGGAUCCCAGAUAUAACCAUCGAGGAGGAUAUCUCUGAUAGGGCAUCUGUUCAAGAGAGUCCAUAUGCCAGUUUGGAUCCCAACGGUUGGGUGCAUGUCAAUGAACAACAGCAACUGUCCUACAGCUGUCAGCUGGACCUCUUCAGAUUCCCUUUCGAUCUGCAACAAUGCAACAUCACGUUUUCAUCCAUGAGCUUCAAUGAGAAAGAUCUCAAAGUAAUAAAAGUAAAAAAUGACACCUUUCCGAUGCAGUUUGAGGAGUUCAUUAGGAGGCAGGGAGAAUGGAAACUCAUAAACACGAAAGUUACCACAUUCACUGUUUGCAUAAACAAUUCAUCGAGCAGCAAACUCGUUUACACGGUCAUGCUGCAAAGGAAGCCGUUUCUAUACGUGAUCAACUUAAUCAUGCCUCUGCUGUUUUUACUGAUCCUGGAUUUGGCCUCCUUCUUCAUCAGUGAGGCCAGAGGUGAAAGGCUGGGCUUCAAAGUGACAAUACUUCUGUCCAUCUUCGUCUUACUGCUGAUUCUGAAGGACAUUUUGCCCUCCACUGAAGAAAAUAUGCCAAUAAUGGCAAUCUACUGUCUUUCAGUCUUCACCCUGGUUUGGAUAAGCGUCCUUGAGACCAUGUUGAUAGGCUUCAUAGCUAAUCUUGAUGGUUCUUGUGGACAGAAGAGCCAGUCUACAGAUGCUGAAGAGGACAUUGAGCUGGAAGUCAACAGUCACAAUGAACCUGCUGGAGAAGGCCAGGUAAAACCAGAGAACGGUGACCUUCAUGUGGAUCAGCCUGGUGACAAGAUGAAAGGAGUCCUGGACAACGGGAAGACCUGUCCACAGAAGGCUAAAAGUGGGGACAAAGAAAAGAGAAAAGCUACAAGCUACAAAAAAGUGGCUAAAAUCCUUGAUAUUGUCUUUUUUGUGUUAUAUUUAUUAAGUGUUGUGACUUUUCAAAUCUGUAGUUUUGUGACAUGGAUGCAGGCCUUGCGUGCACAUGGUUUAUAGAUUAUUAGAUGAAUGUAUGAUCUGCCAGCACACGCUCUUAAAUCUGACAGCAAUUUGGUUUUUAUUAACAAAAUAUGACUUAGGUCAGGACCGCUGCGAGCCAGUUGGGUGCCCAAAGCCAACUGCUCUGUAUUUACAUUCUCUCUUACAAAGUUUUCCUUAUCUGCCAAUGCAGAUGUCUUAUUUCUAAAGUAACGUCUCACUUUCGACCCUCGGGAGUCAGUAAAAUUCACCACUCUCUCAUUAAGUCAUUAAGAAAAAAUCUCCACUUCCAAAGAACUUCUGUAAACUACUGAUUCGUAUUUUUUCAGCUUUUUUUCAUUGUAAAUUUCUUGGAAAACUACCAGUCAAAGAAUGUUAAAUAUUUUAGCCCUUUACAUGGCACUUUGGUUACUUUAUGUCACUUAUUUCUUUUCUUGGACAGAAAUGUCCCUUUAAGUCACAUUAAACCUAUAUAUUUUUUUUUUAGUCUAGUAGCUGUUUCAAAAUAUAAUUAUUUAUCCUGUGAUGUUAGGGUUUUAUUUUCUAGAUAAAUAGUAGAUUCUUUUCAUUUUAAUAUUCAUCACUAAAAUCAGCUAAAAUUACAGGCCUGUCAGUACACAUAAAAGCUUAAUUCUGAAAUUAGUGAAGGGACUUUGGAACACAGCUAGAGCUAGCUAACAGAGAUACAAUGACGACCUGAUUGAGAAAUAAAAUGAGAGUAAAAUCUUAAUAAAAUAAUAAAACUACUUUUAAAUUAACAAUGCUACCAAAUAUUAAAUAAUAUAUAAAUAAAAUUUAACAUCUCCAUGAUAAACCAGAACCAUUUUGACAUUUACAGGGUGUCACUGAACGUAUCAGAAACUCAGAAAUUGCAACUCAUUUAAGCUCUGUGAUUGGCUGGAAGAAAAGGGGGCGGUUCUGUUCUUGUUUUCUUUUUGAGUAGAAAUAGAACAAAGUAAAGAGCUGAUGUUCCAGCUGUUAGUGGAGCUUUUUUCUGUCUUUCCUCAGCAACCUGCACCAUCUUAUUAAUAAGUUACCAACAACACUUCAUCACACUUUUUAUUUUUAACUAUAAAUAUGCUGUGAUUAUUAUUAGUCACUAGCCUGAUUUUUCUGGUGCACUGCGUGGGACUUGCAUGAUGCAUCUGGUGUGAGCAGCAGCUCUGACUUUGAUAUUAGUUUUAUUAAAUGCAUGCAAAAAACCUGUUAUAACCUUAUGAAGUCUUCAUUAUUUUAGUUUAUUUUAAAUAAAUAAAUGGUAAACAAAGAUUAGAGCAUGAAAUGUAUGUGCAUGGUAUAUGUGCUGAGUUUUACCUGUAAAUUAAU